CUGGGGGCAGUUUACUGUUCAUCCUGUGUGUUCUGCAUUGGUGCAUUGCUCAAAGUGGACCUUCAGAUGUCUAUAUUCCUUUAAUUAAAAGAAAAAGUAGAUGUGAAAUUAAAGCAUAUAUUGUCUAUGGAAAAUUUUAGUUGAGCAUUAUAACUUUAGGCUUAGGUGAUGCAGAAGUGACGUUCCAACAGAAUUUUUUGCAUCCAUCAUGCAUAUCUUAUAAAUAUAGGAUGUAUAUUUAAUAAAUCAGAAAGAGAAUUAGAAAAUAAGUGACUCCAGUGCAGUGAGGAGGAUAUUGAAGAUGUUAAAUUAUUAUACUUAUAUCUUUUAUUAGAUGUAAUUUGAAUAACCAGAAGAGUGAGUGUCUGAGAGUUUGCCUGGGGGAGCAAGUUCAGAGCAGGAUCCAAGGCAGUUGCACUUAGCAGGAAAGCACCUGAUGCUGCUUCAUUUACCCUGCAGCUUGUAGUGAUCUGCCAGGGGUUAGGCACUGGGAAAGUACUGACAGCAGGAGCACUGGGAAAACCUCAGACCUCUUCAGAACUGUGGGAGGCAGCUUUCCUCUUAGGAUCUGCUCUUGAAGCCAGACAGAACAAUCAGAUGACCUGUGUGGACACAGUUUUCUAUCUGAGGACUCCUCCUGAAAUGUUCACAGUUUGCCAUUAAUGCAGUUUGGUGGAGUUUACCUUCAACAUCAAUAGAAUCAGUUAAGCUUUAAUGAGCAUGGCAUACAUCCUAAAGACACUCAACAGCUGGUUCUGGUGGGAGAAUAUCUGGAUGCCCAUCAACUGCACAUGGGCAGAUUUUGUGGACCGUGAGGGACUUGUGUUUCCCAAACCCCAUCAGCUGUACGCCACAAUCCCGUACGCUUUUGUGCUGCUCAUCAUCCGCUUCUUCAGUGAGAGAUAUGUUGCUAUACCUUUAGCAAAAGCCUUGGGUAUAAAGAAUGUAAGACGUGUGAAGCCACAGCCUAAUCCUGUGCUAGAGAGUUAUUUCCGGGAGUGCUCAAGACAACCAUCCCAAUCAGAGAUCAAAGGCCUUGCCAAGAAGUGCAACUGCACCGUCCACUUGGUGGAGAAAUGGUUCAGGAGGCGGCGAAACCUGGAGAUCCCAACCGUGCUCCGGAAAUUCCAGGAGGCUUUCUGGCGAUUUUCAUUCUAUCUGACAUCCUCCAUUGUUGGAUUUAUAUUUCUGUAUGAUAAACCCUGGUUUUACGACAUCUGGCAGACGUGGGUUGGUUAUCCGUUUCAGACCUUGCUGCCAUCCCAGUACUGGUACUACAUGGCCGAGAUCGGCUUUUACUGGUCUCUGAUAUUUACCCUGGGCAUUGACAUCAAGCGGAAGGAUUUCAUGGCUCACGUCGUUCAUCACCUGGCAGCCAUCGGGCUGAUGAGCGGCUCUUGGUGCGGCAAUUACGUGCGGCUUGGAACUCUGGUGAUGUUCGUGCACGACACUGCCGAUUUCUGGCUCGAGGCAGCCAAAAUGUUUAAUUAUGCUCGCUGGGAGAAAACUUGCAACAUACUGUUCAUCAUCUUCUCUAUUGCAUUCUUCAUCACCAGGAUGAUCCUGUUCCCCUUCUGGAUUCUUCGUGCCACACUAUAUCUGCCUACCUACUACUCCACCACUCCUGUCAUAGCAUAUUUUUUAUUCAAUGGGAUGCUAUUAACCCUCCAAGGCUUGCAUUUAUAUUGGGGUUACUUAAUUUUCAAGAUUUUGAAAAGGUUCGUUUUCCUAAAGGACUUGAAAGAUGAUCGGAGUGAUGAAGAGGAGGAAGAUUCUCUUACAGACACUGAAGAGGAGUCCACAAAGAGUGGCACCAAGAACAGCAGUGGGUCAAGCAAACACCUCCUGAGCAGCAGUCACCACUAGCCCUGUCCUGCCUCACCUCCUGCAGCGAUUCCUGCUCUGGUUUCAGCCCAACCUACAGGACAGGAUUUAAGUCAAAAGGCUUGUGAGAGACUGUGAUUGAUUUAUUGUUGGCUACUGGGCCUGGAAAAAAGCCCAGUUUGGAGGGGAGGGAGAAAUUGCAUAACAAAAUGUGUUAAUGACCCACUUUCAGAAUCGUUGUGGAGUGUGUGGAAAGAUGUUUGGACACGCUGACUGACAGUGCUCCACAAGGGCAAAGCUCAAGAGAGUCAAGUAAUUUAGUGUCCCGUUGAUUCUAAUGUUGUUUUGCAAUCUGAUAUAAGAUAUAUUUCAUCAAACAAUUUAAAUCACAGAUGUUUUGUGGUAGGUAGGUAGUGUGAGCUCCAUUAGGAACCAGAAUUACUCAAUGUGGGAAAAAUUUGAUAGUGCUGUACAGUGACUGGCAUUUUAUCUGUACUUUUCAGUUUAAACCCUCAUCAAAAUGGGUAUUUUUCUGACUUAUAUUUCAUUUCCUGGAGGCCAGGGGAAGUGAACAUGGAGGAAUUCAAAUUACUUGUCUGUGAAGGGUUGGCUUCAGUGUAGAAAUAUAGUCUUUCUCUGAAGUGAUAGAUAGCUGAAAUAUUGUGUCAAGGAAGUCACUGUUAAAACAGCAAAACUCAGCCCCAAUUCUCCAUUGAGCUCCAGGCUUCUCAAAUGUCUUUCAGUCAUUUUGGCCCAGUGUUAGAACAGAAGGUGCAGAGGGAAGAGAAGAGGGGAAAUGGGAAUUGGGAAAAACACCCUCUGCUCCUCACUCAUCUUCAGACCAGAAAGUUAAAGCCAAAUCUCAUCCAUUCCCUUAUUGUGACCUUGUCUCACAGCUUUGGAUGCUGCCUUCUCUGGAGUGAGACCACCAAGCUCUGAUUUGUGGUUCUGGAGUGUUCACUGCAGGUACCUGGGCACUGGGGAGCACAGGACUGGCACAGGAUGUCACACUGUCACUGCUGGGGGUUCUUUGAUAUCAGGAUCUGUAUUUCCAUCUCUGCUCUUUUAUAAAAUGGGGAAUCACAUCAGCUAGACCCAAAUUUGGAUGUGUGGGACUUCAGCCACAGGGUGUUUAUGCUGUAACCCGUGGGUAACAGCUCCUCUUACCCAAAGUGCCUCUAUCCUAAAUCUGCACUUCUGUUCUAACACAAGUGGGGCUGCAGCAGCAUUUUCAGUCCUGGGGCUCUCCAUGAAGAGCACAGGCCUUGUAAACAGGGUGGUGCCAGUCCCAUUUCCCUCUGCAUUAGCUCACAGGGUCAUAAAGGAUUUGUGUCAUAAGUUUGGGAGGUGAGAGGCUCUGCAUGUGGUUCUACAGUAGCUGAGAUCAUCUGGGGAGCUAAAUCCAGUAGUUUGAUGGAGGCCAGGGGAGCACUCCCAGAGCAGCCUCAGGCAGAGCGCUCAGGUCAGAGCGGCUCCGUUCCCUUCCUGCAGGAAUUGGUGACCUACAGGAAGUGUUACAGGACUGACUUGUUUUCCCAAGGUUUCCUUGGCAAGUGGGAUGUCAUUCAGUGACUGAAGCAUUGAAAGAAUGGGAAAUGUUUGGGAUCUCAGAUAUGAAGAAAGAAGUCUGUUUCAUGCAGUUACAAGAAGCUGUAGGAAGGCUUUGGUACAGAGGCUUUUUUUACAGUGUCUACAUUUUUCCUUGUAUUUUGACCAUUUUGGACCCAAAUGUGCAUGUUUUACCACAAAGGGAAUUACACUGAAGAAGAGGCAUGGGCUACAGCUUCUGAGAAGGAAGGGAGAUGUGUGGUGGUGGAAAAGGACCCCUGUCCUGGUGCUUGUGGUUCACUUGGGCUGAGUGGGCAGAACCCUGUGAGCAGCCUUUGGCCACCAGUGCCCUUCCUGCACGGAUGAGGAGAACACCUUAAAUACUGCAGGGGGGGAUUAUGGGGAGUUCAGGCACUGAUGGCAACAUGCAAAGCAACUGCAGAGUUUGGCAGGGGCACAGUUGUUAUCGGGGCCCGUUUAUUGCCUGAGUGAAAAACACUUUCCUAACAAAACGUGGAAAUCCAGCGUCUUGGAGGAUUUACACUUCCUUGGGAGAGACAACGGCGCUUUCUUCGAGAUCUAACGGGCUUUGGGAGGUGGCCAGGGUAUUAUCAUUUGAUUUUGGUGCCAGAAGCUUUCCUCCUAUGACUAGGAAAGGAAUUUAGGAAAGGAAACACAAAGGAUGAUGUUGUCACAGGAAUGAGCCUCUGAACAACUACUGAUUUUUAAACUGGAAUUUAUAGUCUCCUUGAGGCCAAAACUUUGCCUUUCCUACUCAGGACAAGUCUCCCACUGAAGCCAAUUAACUCUAUUGGAGUCUUGCCUAGGAAAAAUUUUGGACUGCAGUCAUCCAACCUAAUUGCAAGAACUGUUGUUCUAAGUUGAUGUGAAACUGGGAUCUUAGAGGAAGAACAAAAGGUAGAUAAAUACACUCAGGUAUAAAACUUUGAGGGAAAUUUUGGGUGAGUACAGAAGAAUAUGGAAGUAACUUCUUAUCCUGAAGGUGAAGUCUGGGCACAGUAAGCAACUAAGUAAGAUUGCAGGAGGAGGGGUGGAAGGCAGGCAGGCCAUGGAGGGCCCUUUCCAGGGAUUACUGUCAUGGACAACCAAGGGGAUUAGACCGAAAAAUUCUGAAUGUAAAUCACUAGAUCCUGGUAAUAAAUACCCACAGCACAGAAAGAAGUGGGAAUGGGCUGUCAGAGUGUCCUCUGUUAGCAUCAGAUUGGUCGUUCCUGGAGUUAUGUGCAUUUAAUUUCCCCCUUUCUACUGAUGGAAACUCAGAAAGAAAAAGCUGAGAUCAUGGGGGCACAAUUUCUGCUAAAGAAAUUUAUGUCAUGGUGCUUCAAGAUUUUCAGUCUAUUCAAUGCAAUGAAGAUUCAACAUUUUUAUAAUCUUGUUGUACAAAGAGUCUCAAAGUGCAGGUGCAGAACAACUGUGGGUGUGUGUGGGAGCACAGGUAGACUCUGACAUUUUCUUUUUACCAUUUCACACACUGUGUCCUGGUUCAAUGAGUUGACACUGUGCAUCUGGUUUUGCUGUGUCACUUUGACUGUGCCACAUAUUUCUGAUAGAGCUCUAGACGGCAAAUCAAAUCUUAGUCCAUAAGAUGCAGGGGAAACUCUUCUGUUUAAUUUCUCUGGAUUUAGUUCAUAUAUUCCUGUCCAUGCUUCCUCCAUACUUGUGUCAGAUUUGUCAGUCUGCUCUGGAUUGGGUUUACAGAUCUCCUUUAACCACAGAACUCAUUUUGACUGUUCAUGUUAUUUGGUAUAAUUAUCACUUUUUUGUUCUUAAUGGCACUGACUUUGGUAAAUUGAAAUACACACUACAAAUAAAUAUUUUUUAAAA